AUGGACGUGUUAGCAACUGAAUACGACCAAAUUGAUUGGGGAAUAGUGGGUAUUGGAGUUCGUUCUGUCGAUAAAUCGAUUAGUACAGUACUUCAGGCACAAGAUGGCCUGUACACGCUGAUAUCCAAAGGUUCUGUUGAAACAGACAUUAAUGUUCGAAUUAUUGGGUCUAUCAUUGGUUACAUAUUUGCGCCAGAUGAGCCAGAAAGAGCGUUGGCCACACUUAUGCAUCCGGACACGAAAAUUGUUUCAAUGACAAUUACUGUAAGUGGCUAUGACAUAGACAUGACCAAUAUUGACAUUCAGCAUGAUUUACAACAUCCACAAACCCCUAGAACAGUGUUCGGUUUUCUUACUCAUGCCCUAGACGGCCGUCGUCGAGCUAGUUUAGCUCCGUUUACGAUUUUGUCAUGUGACAACGUUCAACAGAAUGGAGAAGUUGCAAAACGAUGUAUUCUUGAAUUUACUAAAGCGCUCAACAAUGUCGAACUACUUGACUAUAUUCAAACUAAAGUCACAUUUCCGAAUUCUAUGGGCAAGUUGAUUGAUCGAAUCACACCGGCUACCACUGAUGCUGAUCGGCACUAUGUUUAUUUGCACUGCGGUAUCGCUGAUGGAUGGCCUGUAGUAGCCGAAUCAUUUAUGCAAUGGGUUGUCGAAGAUUCAUUUUGUAGUGGGCGCCCCCCACUUGAAUUACUUACGAAUGUGCCUUAUAAUGUUCUGCUAACCGAACAUGUCGAAGCGUACGAAUGCAUGAAAAUGCGUCUUCUUAAUGCAGCUCACACAGCCAUGUGCUAUCUCGGCUAUUUGAUGGGUUAUACAUAUAUUCAUGAGAUCAUGUCAGAGAAAAAUAUGCAGUUUUUUAUCGAACAUUUGAUGAGUGAUGAAGUCACCCCUGUUUUACCUCCUGUGCCUAAUGUUGAUCUUGCUGAGUACAAGCGCAAAAUUAUUGAACGUUUCUCAAAUCGACAUAUGAAAGAUACAGUAUCAAGAGUGUGCAUGGAUGGUGCAUCGAAAUUUCCGAAAUAUCUCGUGCCGACCAUUGUUGAACAGUUAAAACGAGGCGUUAUUCCAUACUUUUGUGCAAUGGCUGUCGGUUCAUGGAUUCGAUAUUUUGGUGGAAAGGAUGAAAGCGGUCAAUCAAUCGUACUCCGUGAUGUUUUAGCAGAUGAACUCCAAUUACAAAAAUUAGCCAGUGAAGCAAGAUUCACUGCUAUUGAAAUGUUACGCGUACGACAAGUUUUCGGGGAUUUGGCCAACAAUAAACUGUUUGCAGAGACUGUACAGGACGCCGUGAAACUUCUUUAUGAAGAAGGCUCAAAGGCAGCCCUCGAAAAAUGGAUUGGGCGCGUUGAUUAUAGUCAUAAAUAA